AUGGUACCACAAAUAGAAGGAGUAUUAUCAUUGAAGAAAAUGUUGGAUUAUUUACAAUUGAAACAAAUUGGUGGUCUUAAAAUUGAAACAAUUAUUCGUUUAAGCCGAUUUGUUAUGAAAAAUAAUUAUUUCUCAUAUGAUGGUCAAUAUUAUCAUCAAAUACGAGGUGGAGCAAUGGGUUCUCCUCUCACUCUCACUAUGGCUAAUUGUUACAUGUUCUUAUAUGAACGUGACAUAGUUAAACAAGUGAACAAUAGUGGUGGAUUAUAUUUCCGAUAUAUUGAUGAUAUAUUCAUUACAAUUAAUUGGCCAGCUUGA